UAAAUUGUCCUUUAACGUUGAUGACGAAGAAUAAAACUUUUAUCUACAAUUAAAUAACGCUAUAUACACACAUUUGUGCUGUUAAUGAAAGCUUGUUAACGUCAGUAACGUGUCAUUUUCAAUUAAAUCGAAGAACGAGUUUUCGCUUACAAGAUGACGGAAGUAGAUGUCUCAAUACCGGAGGGUUCUACCCUGUCGAGCACUGUACAAAAUUCAAAUCAGGCUAAUUCAAAUACAACUACGUCUCAACACAAUGACCCAAACGGCAGCAAUAGCAUCAGCAGUAGCAGUAAAGUUGAAGGCAUGGAGAUAGGCGAGGCCGAUACCGAAGAAGAUGACUCGCAAAUUACUUCUUCUACGGAGAUGGAAGAAGGUCGUGCAGGAGACGGUGGAGGCACGGCAUCGGCUAGUGUGGACGACAACAGUAAUAACAGUAAACUUGAAAUAAGAAUUAAAAGUGCUACCAGUCUAAAUGAGAAUUCAGUUUCACAGAAUUGUGAAAAUUUCAAUGCAAAGACAGUCAACGAAGCCUGCGGGUUCAAUGUAAAUAGUUCGCACACAAAGGAGAGCGAUUCCAAUACAAAUGAUACCAUUAACGAACACAGUAAAUCUGUUCAGCCGGAUACAGAUGGCGAAGGUGUCAGUCAAGAUAGUUCUUUCCGUUCUAAGGGGAUAAAUCAUUUAGAUGAAUCUUCAAAUGAAUCAAAGGAAGCUACUCCAGUACAGGAUCCUUUAGCUGUAACACAAAAAGAAAACGGUACCGUUAAACAACCAGAUAAUAAACAGUCCAAUGAUAGUUCCAUUGUUGACUUGGGUGAUGAUUCAGAUGUAGAAAUGUCCGAAAUGCCUGCGAAAAAGUCGAUAAAUGCCAGUUCAAAAGAGAAAGUUGAUGUAGGUGACUCUGAUGGUGCGGUAGUGAUUGGUUCAGAUUCUGAUAAUGAUUCUUCUGCGCCUUCUAAACCCAACACAUCACAACAAGUAAGAAUUUCAAAUCAAAUGCCAACUGAUGCACAAGUCAUUGAGGAUGAUGACGACGAUUGUGUUGUUAUUGAGGACGAUACAUCAACAAUGGCAAGCGAUAUAACGAAACGAAAAAGUAUGGCCAUGGAUGACAACAAUAGCACAGAUGAUAAUCAACCGCCUAAUAAACGUUUACGCAGCGCUACGGCCAACCCUACACAAAUUACUAUUAAAGAUGCGCGUACUCUAAUGCCGUCUAUGCCAGAUAUUCCGAAACGCAAUUCGGAAACUGGCAUUUAUCCUGUUAACAUUACACCUGCCUCACCUAUAUUCCCUGCCACAGGACCUCCAAAAUUGGUGCCGGUUGGCAGUCCCAUACCGCCGACGGGUUUGCCGCCCCUGACUGGACUGCCCGGUAUGACAUCAAAUGCUAAUUUGUUGCCGGGUCUAACAGACGACAUGUUUGUAUUGGAGGCUCCUUCAUUUAUUGUGCCCUAUAUUUAUGAGAAACCCCCAUCCGGAAAUAUUAAAGAUGUAAUGAAGGAGUUAGAAACAAAGUUUUCAUUCACAAAAGAAGAUUUAGAUGAAGUUGACAAAACUGACGAAUUCGAUAUGAUGACAGAACAGAAUAAAGAAGAUCGCGAUGAAAAGAGCAAUAAAAAGAAGCGCUCUCGCGGUGAUGAUGGCGAUGAUUCCUGGUCCGAAGAGUCAGAGGACGAAGACGAUGAUGAUGAUGACGACUCUGAAUCCGGCAUGCGCACGAAAGUUCUUAUCAAAGAGGCUUCCAAUGACAUAGCAGCUUUAAAGGGUGCUAUUAAACCCGCCUCCGCCGUCACGCAAUCGGUAGGACAAUCGCCGCUCGCUGUUAAGCCGGGACAAGAAAAUUAUUUUGAAAGCCCGCUUGGUAAGUUUUUCAUGGAUAUCGGAGUGGGCUUGGUUCAAGAAUACGUACAAUCUGAUUUAAUACGACUGCAAAAACGCAAAAUGCGCAAAAGUUUGGGUCGCAAUGUUACCGAUUUUGAGCGGGCUAUAGCUGCACUCACAGCUAAUUUGGAGGCUUCUAAGAAGAAAAACUUACCCUUUAAAUUUAAUAUGAAACGCUGCGAAUUUUGUAACUUCAAAUCGGAAUCUGCUCUUGCUAUGGCUAAUCAUUAUGAAACGCCCCAUAUGAAUGGUGCUCUGUACAAAUGUAACUUUUGCAUUUUUGAAAUUCGCAAUGCUACCGAGAUUGUUUAUCAUAUGGAAGCCAUUCAUAACAUCAAGGCCCGACUGAUAAAGCCGCUGCCGUACCAUCAAUGUCCCAAUUGUGGCUUUGAGGAUAAUGGUAAAGCGAAAUUGGCACGACAUCAACCUGUGUGCGCCAAAAAAUUCCGACCUGAACUGAAUUUGGCACCGCCCAGCGAUUGGGAGGCGCCAGCUAAGAUACCCCGAAUUAAACCACGUCACGGUCUAGUAGGCACAGCAACUGCCUAUCAAGCUAUGGCUGCUCAAGCAGCUGCUCAAAAAGCAGCGUUAGCUUCCAUACAGCAGCAACAACAAACCAGAAAUAUGCAGGCAGCUGCAUUGGCGGCUCAAAAUGCAGCCAAUAAAAUGCGAGGACGAGCACCUCAGUUACCUCAGGUGAAGUCUGUCGGACCAGCGGCGGCGGCAGCAGCAGCGGCGGCCAUGAUAAGAAGUCCAAACCAAAUACGCACUCCAGCAGCCACUAAUGUGGUUUUGCCAAACAACUAUCAAUUGGGAGUCGGCGGGCAAAUAGUACAAGUAAAUGCUGCCGGCAAAAAGUCACUAACUGGGCAACCCAGCAUUUCGAUAACACCGCUACCUCGUCAAAAUACAGCCGUAACGCCUACAGGCGGUGCGUCGUCACCUUCAACGAGCAAAAUGCCACAGGCUGGCAUGAAACCAGGUCAGACUCCCAGUGGAAAUAAAACUCAAUUUGUAAUUUGUGAGAUAUGCGACGGUUACAUCAAAGAUUUGGAAUCGUUGCGUAAUCAUAUGCAAUGGAUACACAAAGUUAAAAUACAUCCUAAAAUGAUUUAUAAUCGACCACCAUUGAAUUGUCAAAAAUGUCAGUUUCGAUUUUUCACCGAUCAGGGUCUAGAACGUCAUUUGUUAGGUUCCCAUGGCUUGGUAACAAGCUCGAUGCAAGAAGCCGCCAAUAAAGGAAAAGACGCUGGUCGGUGUCCUGUUUGUGGCAGAAUGUAUCAAUGGAAACUUCUUAAUCAUGUGUCUCGCGAUCACCAUAUGACUCUAAAACCGGCGCAUCUAUCAUACAAGUGCACGGUAUGCACUGCCACUUUCGGCAUGUACAAGCAAUUCGAAACGCACGUGUAUACAGCCCACAGCACGGUGGCCAAGAAAGCCAUGGAUGGUAAAAAAAACUCGCCUGUACCCAAUACACCAACUAAUAGUAAUAGUGGUGGUCAACGGAGCGGUUUAAGCGCUGCUAACGAUUCACUUUUAAAACCGUUGAAGAUCAACGAUGAAAUCACUAUUAUACCACAACCGUCAUCGAAACCACGUAUAAGCAACAUGGAUACUCAUGUUAUUGAUUAACUUAUGUGAAUCCAUGAAACGUUCAAUACACACAGAAACGACGUUAGUAUUUUUACCCCAUAAGAGUCGUCGUUGUCGUCAAGCGAAGAAUGCUACAGCAAUUUAUAGACGUAUGUGUACAACAGACAAAAGUUGCUCCUAAAAACAUAAAUAAAGCGCAAAACGGCAACAUCUCAACUGCACAGUAAUGCCCUACCUUCUCCUACUUUGAAUAUGCUCACUCUUACAACUUUUUAAUACACUAAUCGUAAUAGAAAUAAAAUAUAUGUAUACACACACAAAAAUGUUAUAUAUAUAUAUAUAUAU